AUGAUAUCCAACAAGUACCUAUCGCAAAGACCAUUGGUGUUGGGGCUGGCGAGGAUCUUGGGGCUCUGUUUGACGCAGCUGCCCUUCAUUCAAGCCGCACCUCUCAAGGUUGUGGAAUUCAUACGUACCCACAAGGAGGAUGAGCCACCAAACGCGGGUGGUGCAAGCUUGUGGCUGUACCUUGGGGUAGCAGCUGCGCUCGUUCUGUUAGGUGGUGCUUUCGCUGGGUUGACAAUUGCACUUAUGGGACAAGACGAGAUAAACCUCCAGGUAAUUAAAACGUCAGGCGAAGGUGCAGAAAAGCGACAUGCUGCAAGAGUCUUGAGGCUGCUAAAACGAGGGAAACAUUGGGUCCUGGUCACACUUUUAUUGAGCAAUGUGAUCACGAACGAGACACUUCCGAUUGUGCUGGAUCGAUCGCUCGGUGGUGGCUGGCCUGCAGUCCUGGGCUCCACAGUCCUGAUCGUCAUAUUUGGCGAAAUCGUUCCUCAGUCCAUAUGUGUUCGGUACGGCCUUCCAAUUGGAGCGUGGAUGUCGCCAUUCGUUCUCUGCCUGAUGUACAUCAUGGCACCAGUCGCCUGGCCUACCGCAAAACUACUUGACUACCUGCUGGGCGAAGACCAUGGCACCGUUUAUAAAAAGGCUGGCUUGAAAACCCUUGUCGACCUUCAUCGGACCAUGGGCGACGCUGGUCAUCAACUGAACUCGGAUGAAGUCACUAUCAUCAGCGCCGUGCUGGACCUCAAGGAGAAAUCUGUUGGGACUAUCAUGACGCCGAUGGAAGACGUCUUCACUCUGUCCGCAGAUGACGUUCUAGACGAUGAAACCAUGGAUUUAAUUCUAUCCCAGGGUUACUCCAGAGUACCAAUACAUGCUCCGGACAAUAACGAGAACUUUAUCGGCAUGUUGUUGGUCAAAAUGCUCAUUACGUAUGAUCCGGAGGACUGCAAGCAGGUCCGAGACUUUGCUUUAGCCACACUGCCAGAAACUCGUGCCGAGACAAGCUGCCUUGACAUCGUCAACUUUUUCCAGGAGGGCAAGUCGCAUAUGGUCCUUGUCUCAGAUAAUCCUGGUGCUGACCACGGUGCCCUGGGAGUUGUCACGCUCGAAGACGUCAUCGAGGAAUUGAUUGGAGAAGAGAUCAUCGACGAGUCGGAUGUUUUCGUAGAUGUGCACAAAGCCAUACGUCGGUUGGCUCCAGCGCCGCGAACACGGGUUCCCAAAGGUCAAAUUGUUGCGGAUCCAACUGAUGCUGUAGCAAGUAGCCAAGAAGGCAAUCUCAUUGACAUUGACGAGGGUGCGACAUUGUCACCAAACGACAUACAGAAGAAACCCAAACAUCCGGAUUGUAUGCCGCCCAAGACUAACAAACAUAAUUAUAGCUCUUCCCCUCGCCCACAGGUGCCGCAUGCGAGACGACGAUCGAGUGGAAACAGCCAAGUUGGUGAUCUCAAAGGCUCACGGAGAGCCAACAAUGGAGAGCUGCGCGAGCACCUUAAGCAUCUUGGGCCCUCGAACUUGGCUAGUCGUCCAAAAUCGACUCGAUGGGCUUCUGUGAAGAUCAAACCAGGGAGUAGUGCCGAUAUGCAAGCAAUGAGCAUUGCAUCCGGUUACAAAACGCCUGAUCGUCGAGUAUCCGAAUCUGCAUCCUCGGUUCGAGGCGGCAUCGGUGAAAGUCUGCUGCAUUCUGGUGGUGUCGAUGCCAAGGAUGGAGUCCAAGCUGUACAACAGGGGUAUGGUGGAACGAGUCUCACAUCGCCAAGGGGCCGGCGGCCAAACAGCUCAGCCUCCAAAGGCAUUCAAACCUCUUCUUCUCAAGAUCAGUCGCAAAAGCCUGAUGUGGACGCCGAUGAGAGGAACGGAAGAUCCCCAGGUCCGAGUCCAAGGGCUAGAAGCAGACCCUUGGCAAGAUCGAGGAGCGAAAGCACAAUAGGAAGCCUUCCAGAUCGGACAAGGAAUGGGUCGAAAAGCCCGAGAUAUGCUUCCAGAGGACCUGCCCGAAGUGGUAGCAUUACAGAGAAUGUCGUUGACUCUAACGGCAUACGAAAGGUCGUAUUGGAAAUGACUUCAAGCAGCUCAAAUGAAGACGAGGAGAAUAAUGGUACCAAUAAAGCGGAGCAACGGCAAGAUAGUCGCAGUGAGAGUCCCAAAAGUGCCCGACUACGUGGUGGAGGCGGCGAGGGCGAGGAUGAGGCUGAAGGUGAAGGUGCAUCCACUCAACCUUCGAAGAAAAAAAGAAGACGAAAGAGGAAGCAUGGGCAAACAAGAGGCGAGGGCAAACCACUACUUGGUAACGAUCAUUGA